UGAGGCUCCGGGUAUUAGCAAUUUUUGUAUUUUGUGCACAAACCGAAUCGAAGUUUUUGCCUAAUUUCAUACCAGAAAUUUUGAGUGAAUUGUUUGACAACUUGCAAGGUUGUAAUUUUUACUUUUGUCAUCAAAGAGAUGCAGAAAAUGUUGCAAGGUAUUAUUCAAAUAGAGCAAAAUUUGUAAGUACGAGGCUGCUAAAAACUGUCAAAUUUAAUAAAGAAAUACAAAUAACCAUGGAACAACAGGUACAAAAAGUUGGUGUAUUUCUUGAUUCAUCGUGCGAAGAAGGACAGGAUUUUCUUCUAGACAGUUUGAAACUAUUUAACUCAUCAUAUCAAUGGCUUAUAUGGACCAAUAAUAUAACUGAAAAUUUAUUAACAUUAUCACCAUCUCGUAUUAACAUUGACAGCAAUGUCACUAUAGCAACACCUGGAGUAAAACUUUAUGAUAUUUAUAGAAUUCAUAAGUCAGUUAACUUCACAGUAACAGAAAUAGGGACGGGGGAAAAUGAUAAGUUGUACUUUAUACCAAGGCCAGAUAGAAGAGAUUUUAAUCAAUUUAAAUUUAAUGCAAGCCUCAUGAUGAUAGAUCUUAAAUUCAACCUGAGUAAUUUAAUUCCCCCACUACUUGACCAAUCUUACGAGCCGGGGAUCGACAUGGUGAGGCGAUACGGUCUAUCUUUGUUCAUGCAUCUGGCAGAGUUCUACAAUUUUAGAAUGUCAUACGUUUUAACAAAUGCGUGGGGCGUACAACUUAAAAACGGAUCAUGGGAUGGAAUGGUCGGACAAGUGAAAAGGGGUGAAGCUGAUUUCGGUUUGGCUCCUGCCAAAUUCAUCAUCAAGAGAUAUGACAUCAUAGAUUACAUCGCAUCAUUACAAAUAGUUAGGACUUGUUUCACUUUUCUCCAACCAAAAUUGUUUGGUACUUAUAAAGCACUUGUGCACCCUCUAGACCCGAUUGUGUGGGUAUGUCUUGGUGUAUGUUCUUUGCUAGGCGUCAUAGCAUUCAAAGCAGUGUCAAAACAUGAUAAUACUUCAGUGUGCAAUGACAACUUAGGAGGCAGUACUCUGCUUGUUAUAUCCUCGAUUGCGCAACAAGGUUUCCCUGAUAAUUCGUAUAAACUCUCAACGAGAUUAAUCUAUAUAUCACUUCUUUUUGUGACAUUUUUUACCGCAGUUUACUACAACACAGCUAUACUAAACGGACUCUUGCUCCAAGCUCCUAAUGCAAUUCAGAAUGUUCAUCAACUUUUAAAAAGUGAUAUCAAACUCGGCUUACUCGCUGUUCCAUACAUCUUGAACGAAAUACAUACUCUCAAUGACUCCUUGACGGUGGCAGUCAGAAAAAAACUUGACAAAAUCAAAGAUCCAAAAGACAAAUAUUUAAAUGUGGAAGAAGGUGUGGCAAAGCUGAAAAAAGGUCAGUUUGCUUUUUACACAGAGGAUGAGGCUAUAUACACUGAAAUCAUGCAUAAAAUGAGUGAUGCUGAGAUCUGCUCACUGUCUGAAGUAGAAAAAUACAGGCCUUUUCAUGUAGGAGCUAUCGCUCAAGACAACAGCCCGUACAGGGAAUUAUUUAGCCGAGCGUUUGUACUGAUGCGCGAGAAAGGAUUGAUGGACAGACAGGAAAAUCGCUGGCUUGUGCAGAAACCGGAAUGCCACUGGAGGCAGGACGCCCACUCCCUCGGGCUUGAACCGUUGACCCUUGCUUAUGUCAUAAUGGGACUAGGCUAUAUUUUAGCAUUUGCUGCAUACAUAUAUGAACGCUGGAUUUACAACAAUAAAAAUAAAAAGUUACAAAUUAAAGCACUCAAAUAGAAAUAA